UCCACACCACACCCUACUGACCCCGGCUCGCCAUGUCCGCGCCGCUCUCCGCCAGCAUGCAGGCCGCGCACGCCGUGCUGCUGGGCCAUGCCAACGAGGUGCGCGCCCUCGCCCACGUCGCCAACUUCGAGACGCGCAUCGACGACGUCGGCUUCGAGUGGAUCGAGACGAUGCUGCUGCAUGCGCGCAGCACGUUCGAGAAGUACUGCCUCACCGAAAGCAACCCGCCGUCCGACGACAUCACGCUCGGCACGCAGGCCGCCGCCAUCACCCUGGCGUCCGAGAUGCUCAAGACGCCCUCGCGCCGCCGCGCCAACGCCGCCCUCUUCCCUGGUGGUGCCGCGGCCGCGAGCCGCCGGCGUGCCGCGCCGGCUGCGUCGUCGGACAGUGCCGACAAGGAGAAUGCGCCCGUGGUGCUCGCUGCCGUCGAGUCGGCGUCGAGCAGCAGCGGCAGCACUGGCCUCGGCAUCGGCGCGCGCAGCACGCGCAGCCGCGCCGACAAGAGCGAGAUGGUCAAGAUGCCCAAUCCCUUUGCGGCCAAGAAGAGCGCGCCCGAGAAGAGCUCGAGCGAUAAGGACGUGCCUCUGUCGGACAAGCCCGCCAAGGCUCCGAAGAAGGCGCUGAAAGACGCAGCAGUGCCUCAGCCCGUUGCCAGCAGCAGCUCGAGCGCAGACGCCGGCCCCUCAUCGGCGGAGGAGCCGCCGGCGCCGGCGAAGAAGACGAAGAAGGGCACCAAGGCCAGCGCGGCAGCGGCAGCAAAGGCAGCCGCCAAGGCUGCACGCGCAGAAGAGGCUGCUGCAGAGCCGAAGCCGACGAAGCGCAAGACGGCCAAGGGCAAGGCCGCUGCCGCGAGCGAUGUCGAGAGUACGAAGCCAGCGCCCGCUGCCGCCAGCAGCAAAGCGCCCACACCGCCAGCUGCGUCUGCCGCUUCGAUGCCGCGCGCCGCCAGUCAGUUCUUCGACGUCGACGACGACAACAGCCACGACCUCGACGCGACGAUGGCGCACGAGUCCGAGGCCGUGCGUGCCUCGACGCCCCUGCCGGCCGGCGCCAAAAAGGUUGUGCCGACUACCCGCUCGCGCGAGGAGAGCCUUGAGCUCAUCGCGCCGAGCCACGUCUCUGACUCAGACGACGAUGACGAUGCGCAGGAGCUCGUUUCGGCGCGCGAGAAGCUCAGCGAGACGUCUGGCUCGCCGGUGCUGGCGGCUGAAGAGCCUGCCGCCGCCAAACUGCCAGUUGCUGAGAAGCCGGCAGCCAAGCCCACACCCGCAGAGCCGCUCGUUGCGGCGCCGAAGCGGACACUCGGCGACUACGGCACCAGUAAGAAGAACGCACCUGCUGCCGCCGCUGCCGCAGCCAGUGCUGCAACGGCGGCCUCUUCCUCCUCUACGUCCAGUAGCUCAACCCACAACUCUUCGACACCCGCGGCGCCCGCAUUCCGCAGUAGCUUCCUCAACAAGUCGCUGCGCAAGGCCGUGACGUCGGCGCAGGAGGCCGACGAAGAGGCAGACUCGGAGUCGGACGAGUCAGACAAGCCGCCGCUGCGUGCGGGCAAGCGCGCUGCCAAGGCAGCCACGAGCGCGAACACGCGCGCCAACGCUACGGCCGCCAGCUCUCGCACGCGCGCUGCCGCGAAGCGCAAGAGCGACGAGAUGGAGGCUCCGUCUGAGGUCGAAGAGGCGGCAGCUCCGAUCGCACGGCCGCAGAAGAGCGCCAAGCUGGCUGCAUCGAUGCAGUCCUCCGACCCGCCGCGCACUCUCGGCACGGCUGCUGCACCAAGCACCGCGGCAGCACCGCCAACGACUACACAGAGCGGCUUUGAUGCGAUCCGCAGUCGCCUCGAGAACGUGCGCCGCAUCAGCGGCGCUCAUCGUGGCAAUGCCGCUGCCGCCCUGCCCAGCAGCUCCAGCGCCGCUGGCAGCACCCACGUGGGCCUCGGCGCCUCGCUGGCCUCUUCGAUCUUCGCUGCCCGCGCUCCAGGCGCUGUCACUGCGGCGGCUCCUGCUCCUGCAUUGACUGCCGCUGCAGCUGCACCGACCGCAGUCGUCGCCGCAGGCAUACGUGUGCGCGACAGCGACGAGGCUGCUGAGUGGCAGGACUCGACUGGCGAGCCGUCGCUCGAGUCGGCCAACGACGACUUCGUCGCGGCAAUCAAGGCCAAGGCCGAGCAGUUCCAGGCUGAAGUCGCGGCGAGCAAGGCAGCACCGGCGCUGCCUGCGAAGGACGACGUCAAAGCCGCUGCAUCUGCGCCGGCCGCUGCAACCAGCACCAAGGCCGCACCUGCGCCCGCGCCGACAGGCUCAACGACGCCGGUCCACUCGCCGACUGCUGCAGCGCCCGCCGCGCUCCCGCCUAUGAGCGCUCUGCUCAACGCUGCCAACGACGAGUGUGCGGUGGCAACAGACAGCGAGUCGGAGGGCGAGGCCGGCACAGACGAGGUGGUGCUGCAGCCGCGGGCCGCUCCCGCCGCACGGCGCGCCGACGACGAGAUGACGCUGGAUGAGCUGGUCGCCGGCUCUGCCAAGGCAGCUCCGGCAGCCAGCGACAAGGGCAAGGCCGCUGCUGCUGCGCGACCUGCGCCCGCAGCCUCGGUCAGCGCCAGUGUCGGCCCGUCGUCGGCCUACGCGGCGCAGCAGGCGCGCAACAACCUCGGCGCCACGAGCGGCAGCACGGCUGCACGGCCGCUGGCGUCGAUGCCAAAGGUCAGCGUCAACCUGACUGGCAAGUCGGCGGCGGUGAACAAGUCGCUGCAUCGCUCUCAGCAGGCGCCUUCGGCUGCACAGGCGCAGCAGCAGCAGCAGCGCCGCGACGAGGCAGCACGCGAGAAGCAGCGCGAGGAGACGGCACACGCGGCGGUGCAGGCGACUGACAGCGCUGCGGCACACGCCGCUGCGCCUGCGCCGGGACGCGGCGGCUGGGGCAUUCUCGACAAGGCCAAGGGCUUCCUCGGUUUCAACGGCGGCAUGCCGUCCAGCGCCUCGGGCUUCAUGCCCACACGUCCGGGCGCCGCUGCCUCGGGCAGCAAGGUGCCCGUUGCGCCCUCAUCGCCCGGCAAGAGCCCACGCAAGAACUCCACCGCCGGCCCCGGAGGCAACUUAGCCGCAUCGACGGCGAGCCAGGGCAAGCCUGCCAGUCUGGCGCGUGCCGAGGCAGCGCGCCGGCGCGAGGCCGAGGAGGCAGAGCGGCGCCGGCGCGAGAAGGACGAGCGGCGCACCGCUGCGCAGGCCGAGAAGGACGCCAAGAGCAAGGCCGACGCCGAGCGCGAGGCGGAGCGGCGCAAGCGUGCGCGCGAGCCCGAGGCCAACCGCCUGCCGCUGGCGCGUGUGCCCGAGAUGGCGCAGAGCAAGAACAAAGCGCCCGUGUCGAUUGCAGUGGGCAAGUCGCAGGUGCGCAAGGACGACAAUGAGGCCGGCGGCAAGAAGCGCCGUGUCUCGGACGACGGCGCGUCGGUGCCCGGCGAGGGAGCAUCGGCACUGGCGCGCUCCACAGCAGCAGCGCCUCCGCCUGCCGGCACCGCUGCGUUCAAGCCGGCGCGACCCGGAGCGCCGAGCACGACGACGACGAGCGCCACUGCACGACCGCCGCAGCAGCUGCAGGCCAGUGCCUCGGGCAUCCCGCGCGGCGCCGGCUUUGCGUCGCAGCAGUACCAGCAGCAGCACGCGCAACAGCAGCAGCUGCAGCAGGCACAGGCUGCUCGUGCGGCGCAGCAGGCCUCUGCCGCCGCCGCUGCUGCUGCUGCCGCAAGCAUCCAGCGGCCCGGAGCGCCACGCCCAAUGCCGCCUGCCGCCAGCGCCGGCAGCAGCAGCAGCGCGGCCGCGCGUCCGGCGCCGCCCGUCGUGGCGCGCGAAGCGACGCCGGAGAUUGUGCUGAGCGACCCGAACAGCGAGUACUCGGACUCGGACGCGUCGGACGUCGAGGAGCGGCGCGCCAAGGAGCGGCCGUGGGAGCGCGAGGAGCUGCAGGCGGCGCUGCUGGCGCAGGCCACGCGCGACCCGGACGCCAUCUUUGGCAUCCCGCACGGCAGCGUGCCGGCGCACGAAUGGUUCGCCAACCACGGCUCGCGGCGCGAGAUGGAGCAGACGCAGCAGCGCCUCAACCGCCCGCGCAGCAGCAGCGGCACCUGGACGCGCGGCGACGCCCUCGGCCAGGCCGAGAUCGACCGCUACAACGUGCAGAUGGGCAUCGUGCCCGCGGGCAUCCGCCUGCCGCGCUCCUCGGCGCGCCCCUCGCCGCGUGCCCCACCUCGUCCGAGCACGCUCGCCCUUGACGCUGCGGCACAGGCGCGCGCCUCGCAGCAGCAGGGCCCCUCGCGCGGCGCCGCAGCGCCCGGCAGCUCGCGCCCCUGAUCUGUCUGUGCGCCACUCACGUCUUGCGUCCCGCCCAUGUGCUUCCUUCCACCUGUACAUCUCUCUGCAUCCUCCUCGCCGCACCGCCUCGCUACCCAAUCCAACAUCUUGCCAGU